CGCGUAGCCCCCCCUUGCCCGUGAUCCUUCUGGGCCAAUUGCUCGUUUGCCCCAUUCAAUCACUCCGUUUCCGUCACCAUUUCGCCUUCGACAUCAACAUUCUCUUGUAUCCUUUCCCAUUUCUCUUUCACCUUCGUUCCAGCUGUGUGUGGUCAAAACCCGGGGCCUUUUGCCACACACCCCAUCCUGUUGACAUGGCCCUUUCCGCCUCGCUGAUCUAACCCGCCCAUCUGCCACAUCUGCCCAAUAUACCCUCCAAUUGCGUUGCGACUCUAAUGCCAUGGCGCCCGCAGUCAAUGCCUACCGGAUCAAGAGGGAAGCGCAUGCCCUGAGUCGCCAACAUUCCGGCUGGAGCCCGUUCAGUCACAGAUGGGCCAUACCGCCGCGCAGCGACACGUGGAGUGGGCGGAGUCUCGAGGAAGGGGAAGGCGACGGCGAGAAUGGAGUGCCCAUCCAACAUGCGAACACCGCGCCGGCCUUGAGGCCGACCGCGGGCUUCUCGGAUGACGACGCAAGACCGAGUACGAGCAAGGAACAAGAGCUGCAGGAUGACGAUCCAGGUCGGCGGGGAAGCACCGCAGUCGUGGGGGAAUCGUCGUCAUCCACAUCCCAGCAGGACGGCCUGCGGCACAGGAAGGAGAAUGGCAAGGCCGCCGUCUCGGGACCGCAGGUAGCCGGCCCCGAAGCCGAGAGCAAGAAGAUCGCCCCCGAGCAGACCAACAGAUAUUUCAAGAACGUGCAGCCGAAGACUCCAUUCACGGUUGGGAACCAGCUCCAGCGGACUGUGUUGAACUCGUAUAUCAACAUCCUCCUGGUGGCUGCCCCCGUCGGCAUCGCGCUUAACUAUGUCCCCGCGGUCAACAGGAUUGCCGUCUUCGUCAUCAACUUCAUUGCCAUCAUCCCGCUCGCCGCGAUGUUGAGCUUUGCGACCGAGGAGAUCGCACUACGGACCGGCGAGACCCUCGGCGGGCUUCUAAACGCCACCUUCGGGAAUGCUGUGGAACUCAUUGUUGCCGUCAUGGCCUUGACCCAGAAGCCGGCCAAGGUUGUCAUUGUCCAGACCUCGCUAAUCGGCAGUAUCUUGUCUAACCUCCUGCUGGUUAUGGGCAUGUGCUUCUUCUUCGGCGGGCUCCGAAGACAGGAGCAGUUCUUCAAUACCACCGUUGCGCAGACUGCCGCGAGCCUCCUCGCGCUAGCGGUUGCCAGCAUCAUCGUCCCCACCGUAUUCGACCACAAUACGGCCGACUCGGCCGAUGUCAACGUCCCGGCCCUCUCGAGAGGCACCUCGGUUAUCACCCUGAUCGUCUAUGGCGCCUAUCUCCUCUUCCAGCUCAAGACCCACCAAAAGAUCUUCAGCGAGGAGAGCCAGAAGGUUCCCGCGAAGCCCUUUAAGCAUUCUAUCAAAGACGGUGCCGUUAUGCAGGGCAUGGUUAACCCCGCAGCCUUGAUAGGGGCCCACGGCCUCUCGUCGGACCCGGAGGAGCUUAGGAAGAUGCUGCUCACUGCCAACCCCCACGCGGCCGCCGAGGACCACGAAGAAGAACCGCAGCUCCACUUCAUAGUCGCCAUCGCGACGCUCACCAUCUCGACCGUCAUCAUCGCCUUCUGCGCCGAGUUCAUGGUCGACUCGAUCGACGCCGUCACCAAAAAUGGCGGGCUGAGCGAGGAGUUCGUCGGGCUCAUCCUCCUGCCCAUCGUCGGCAACGCGGCCGAACACGCGACGGCCGUCACGGUCGCCAUCAAGGAUAAGAUGGACCUGGCCAUCGGCGUCGCCGUCGGGUCGAGCAUGCAGGUCGCCCUCUUCCUGAUCCCCCUCCUCGUCAUCAUCGGCUGGGGCAUGGGCAUCGACGAGAUGACCCUCAGCUUCGACAUCUUCCAGGUCGCAGUCCUCUUCGUCUCCGUCCUGCUGGUCAACUACCUCAUCGCCGACGGCAAGAGCCACUGGCUCGAGGGGAUGCUCUUGAUAUGCCUCUAUUUCAUCAUAGCCGUCUGCGCCUGGUGGUACCCCUCCCGUGAGAGUUCAGGCACAGCGGGGGAAGUCACAUUUUCUUGAAUCUCUUUUACUGCGUUCGCCGGCCAAGUGAGCUAGCCAGCCUGCCUUGGUAUAUAAAACCGACACAACACGCUCGCUUAAUCGUAUGUACAUCUGUAUAAGUUCUUGCUUUGUACACUAUCACAUCCAUACCCCUUGUAUUAUAACCAUUCUUCAAAGGGAGGGAAGGUCCCACCUAGAACAACAACAUGGGGCCAAAGUAGAAGAGGGUUCUGGGUGGAGUUUUUUUUGGCGUUCCGCCUGCCCUGCUUCCCAAGAUACACAUCUCACGGCAUUGCUUUUCAUCGCUACUCUGCGGGUCUCUUUUCUUUGUUUUGUUUCAUCGUUGCCUUUUUUUUUUAGAAAAAAGGGAGGGGAGGGGGUAGGGGGCUGGCUUUAUUUGUCUCGUUUCCCUCUUCAUUUUCACUUUGACAUUGGCAUUAGGGCAUAGACAAGGAAGGAGAAGAGAAGCUAUGAUUCAGGGAGUGGGUAUUGACAGAUUUGCCACAAAU